AAUUAACGAAGAAUAACUUUAAAUUUAUUUAUAAAUCCUACUAAUUAAAACAAGAUUUUCAAUUUUCAAAAUACAUAGAAAUAUUUAAAUAAAGGUAUUGGUUCACAUCUAGAAAAAUUGCCUUGAUGUUUGAUUUGAAAUUUGAAGUUUGAAGUAGUUUGAGUAUGGUUUGAUUUGAAGAAAAAAGUGAACCGAUAAGCAUUAGAUGCAUGCAUUUUAAAUAUUUAAAAAAAUAUUUUGCGUUGUAUUUUAACUAAAAUAACUUUUAUGUCCUGUGUCCUAUAGGAUAUCUUUCGAUGAAAUGUCGGUCGCUCCGAUUUAAAUUUAAAUAAAACUAAUUAUCCUAAUCUAAUAAUUAUGUCGACCUUCUAUGUAGUUCAAGAAGGCCCAGUAAACGCUUUGGCAUUAAAUAAAGACUACACACAAGUUGCUAUUGGUGGAAGAAAUGUGUUUAAGGUAUACAGUAUAGAGGAAGAUAAAUUUAGAGAAGUAUGUAAUGUAAGAGGAUCAAAACAUCUAAACCAAGGUUUCUCUUACAAUGAUGUGUCUUGGAGCCCUACAGAUGAUCACUAUUUGGCAACUGCUGCAACAAAUGGACAUGUAUCUGUCUGGAAUCUUACUAAAAUGGGCAAAGCAAUGCAAGAACAAGAUUAUCAAGACCACAAACGUACUGUUAACAAAGUUAAUUUUCAUGCAUCUGAGCCAAAUAAGUUGAUAUCUGGGUCACAAGAUGGUACCUUAAGAUAUUUUGAUAUAAGAGUAAAGAGUGCAGUAGCUAUUUUUUACAGCAAUACUGAGAGUGUCAGAGAUGUUCAGUUUUCUCCACACAGUUCAUACACUUUUUCUGCAGUCUCUGACAAUGGCAGUGUUCAGUUAUGGGAUAUUCGUAAAACAGAAAAAUGUUUACAACAAUAUACAGCCCACAGUGGGCCCGUGUUUGCCUGUGAUUGGCAUCCAGAAGUUACCUGGUUAGCAACAGCUAGUAGAGAUAGAACCAUAAAGGUAUGGGACCUUACAAGUAAACCAACAUUGGAAUACACUAUACAUACCAUAGGAUCCAUAGGACAUGUAAAAUGGCGACCGCAAAAAAAAUUCCACAUAGCCAGCUGUGCUAUAGUUAUAGAUUGUAGUAUAAACAUAUGGGAUGUACGCAGACCUUAUAUACCCUAUGCUUCAUUCAAUGAACAUAGAGGAUUUCCCAGUAGCGUGCAAUGGAAAGGAGAUCCUGAAGUGUUUUUAAGCUGUGGAAAGGAUUCUACAUUGUACCAGCAUUCCUUUAAUGAUGCUUUUCGUCCAGCUGCAAAAGCUAAUCCUCAAGGUUUAAGUGUAAAUAAUAAAGGAGAAGUGAUUUUUGCUAGAAAAAAUCCUCCGUUUCAUACUGCUGCCUCUACCACUGCCAUUACUACACCUACUUCUUUAGCUAAAGCUACUGUUGGGCUUAUGAGAAAAAUAUCGACAACCCAAGUCAUAGACCAAUUUCAUCAUGCUUCCAGCAGCUUACAAAAUUUCUUUCAUUUAAAUGAAGCCGCCAAUUCUGAAUCUCAAAAUAUAUUGGCUUUGGCUAAAAACUAUGUUCUGCAUGGAAGGAGUAUAUCGGAAUUGUGUGAACACAAUUCUACGGUAGCUAGAGAAUUUGGAAAAUCACAUGUAUCAGUAAUUUGGAAGAUCAUAAAAACUAUGUACGGAGAAGAAUUUAUGCAAAAUUCCAUAAACUCCAGCAGUUCGAACAGGGAGGAAGUCCCACAUAACAAUAUUAGUAAGACUAGUAAUAUUGGAACUGGAGUUAUUCAAAUGGAAAAUUCAAUAAAUAAUAUUAGAGAUUUAGAGACUGAACCAAAUUGUAAGGCUGCUAGUGAUACCCAGACUGCACAAUUUAGUGGUGGCGAUGAUGAGACUGAAACUGAAGAUCAAGUAGACCAUAUUGCUGCUGCAUACAAUGGUUUUCCGAGUUACCUUAAUGUUAGAAGCGGUUUGCCAAAAGGAGACUUUUCUUUUGGAGAAAACGAAUUAGAUAUGGAAUUAGAUAGCCUCGAUUCAGGUGAUUGCUAUUUUUUAGACUUCCCUACUGGAUGCAGAGGUUUUAACCAUGUAACUACGGAUGGACCGGACUGGAUACUGCCGAAUGAAGCUUUUCCAUUGCGGCAUGAACUUCGGGACAGGUCUCCACCGCCAGAACAGUUUCCUAAUCAUCCUUCACCGGAUCUUCCUGAAGAGCCCCAAGCUUUUCAGGUGGAAGAAACUACACCACCAUUAAUAUCUGUACCAAAAGCUCCAAAAAAAUCGAUGUGGGAUCCCAGCAACUUAGUCAUAGAAGCACUGAAACAUCAUGCCAUAUUGGGAGAUAUACAAACGGCGGCUUGCAUACUUAUAGUUUUAGGAGACUGUAGGAGGUUUUUACGAGACCUAGAUGAGGCAACACAAGAACAUUGGUUAUUAGGUUAUAUUGAAAUACUUAGCAGUUACAAAUUAUGGAAUAUAGUUACACAGGUUAUAAAACUUUCCUGGCUACCCUCAGUCUAUCAGCUCAACCAGCAAAGCACACGUAUCAACACAAAUUGCGGAAACUGUACAAAACCUUUGCAAAGGGUGGGAUGGCUUUGUGACAAAUGUCAUUCUUCUGGGUAUGGUGUAUGUUGUAUUUGUAAUCAAGUAGUUAAAGGACUUUACGUUUGGUGCCAAGGCUGCUCACACGGCGGACAUGUGGCCCAUAUGAGACAAUGGACUUUACAACAUAAAACGUGUCCAACUGGAUGCGGACAUUUAUGUGAAUAUGGAUGAAAUAAAAGUAGAACUAGUUAAAAGAUGAUGAAAAGUACACAGAACACAACAGAUUAUAACUAAAAUGCCUUAGUGGCGGGUUGUACAAAUAAUGAUAUAAACUCAGUCUAGCUAACAGGAGUUUAAUUUUUAACUGGUUAUAUUCAACGUACAAAUGUCAUUUUUAAAACUAUGUUUAACUGAUUACAGUUUAAACUAAUAUUAUAUUUUAACUGUCAUUUGUACAACCCGCUCUAAGUGAAUUUUAAAGCUAAACUGAGAAAAAUAAGACCAUUGUCAAAUAUAUUUUGGCAUAAUUUGUAGGUGUUAAAGACAUCUUCAUUCACUACUUAUGAGUUAACUUAGGUAGCUUUUAAAUUUGGUUACAGUCCAAUAUUCUCAUUUUCCAUCGAUACCAAAUAGUGUUACUAAAUAAGAAUAUUGGACUGCAAUCAAACUUUCAAAGAGUAAAUGGAAACAGGGUAAUAUCAAAUGACAAGUUCCGUUAUGAUAGUGUUCUGGAGUAAUAAUAAUGAAAGUAUUUGUAAUAGUUAUGCCAGCUUAAAUUAGUUGGGAGUGUAAGUGCUUUGGAAGAAGCAUUGACAAUGUGUUGUUUAUUGUAUAAAUUGUAAAAGAGAGACGAGGUAGAAAAUGACAAGUGAGUUCCUGUACCAAUAAAUAAAUACAUUUAAACA